ACCGGCACACCGCUGCUGUGUUGAUUUUUUUUAAAAAAAGUAUAUAUUAUCUUUAUAGGUAUACCACGACACUGUUCGGUAACAAUUCAGUACACCCGAGGGCGGCGCGUGACAACAGCUGUUCGGCGUUUACAUAAUAAUAUUAUUAUUGUUGUUGUUGGUGUUGUUGCUGAGUCCGGCGCGAGGACCGAUCUCGUUCUACUCGCACUUUGUAGACCGCACUACCGCAGUCUCACCGUGUUCGUGCAGUCCGCCCCGUGCGCCCGUCGAUGCGUUAUUGCAUGAUAUAAUACGGUGCAUUAUACCUACGUGUUUUUGGCACGUCCACCGGCAAACGAAACCCAAUAUCACAAAUUCACAAAACCAGUCAUUACUCACUGGCAGGCUGUAGUUGCGUGUCAUAACUCAUAAACCGACAGUCGUCAUAAUAUUGAACACCGUCGUAAUUAUUGAUUUCAGACCAAUCAGAUCUCGUAUCGUCGUGUAGUUCUACACAACUGCCCGACAUAUUUUAGAGUGUCAAACGUUCAUCAUGACCAAUCAAAUGGAUAAAAUGAAGUGGUCCAGCAUCUUCGUGGAACUGGUGCUGCUGUUGGUUAAAAGCGUUUACUACAUUGGCGAGACCAUUUAUUACAUGUUCGUACCGUUGCCCGAAAAAUCAUUGGCUGACGAUAUCGUUUUGAUCACAGGCACAGGACAUGGAAUAGGGAAAUGUUUGGCGAUGCAGUUCGCCGACGUGUCCGCCAAAGUGGUGUGCGUCGACAUCAACGCACAGUCGAACGCGGAGACCGCAAAGGAAAUCAACGCCAAGUGGAAAGGAAAAGCUUUCGCUUACACAUGCGACGUGUCGACGUUGGAAAAAGUCAGAGAGUUGGGCGAAAGGGUCAAGAGCGAAGUAGGCACUGUUACCAUUCUGGUCAACAACGCAGGGAUAAUGCCAUGUAAACCUCUCGAAGCUCACGACGAAGCCACAAUAAGGAAAAUAUUCGAUAUCAACGUGUUUGCUCAUUUCUGGAUGCUCGAUACAUUUUUGCCGGGAAUGAAAGCGCUGAACAAAGGACAUUUAGUAUUCUUGUCGUCGAUGGCCGGUAUAAUUGGCUUGAAGAACUUGGUACCUUACUGUGCGUCCAAAUUCGCAGUUAGAGGUCUAGCAGAAGCGAUAAUGGACGAGUGCAGAGGAGAUGGCUUCACAAAUCUCAAUUUCACCUCUAUUUUCCCGUAUAUGGUCGACACCGGUCUGUGCAAGAAACCUAUAAUUCGCUUUCCAAGUUUGUUACCACUCGUAACGCCUGAAUCGACAGCAAAAGAAAUAAUAUCGGCCGUCAGAAAGAACCUGUUUGAACAUUCCAUUCCAAGUCCAUUGCUCGCCCUCAACAACAUAUUUAGGUGUUAUCCGUAUAAAAUGGCAAUGGACUUUAAAGAUUUCAUGGGUGGUGGCGUUGAUGCACAUGAUGAUUAAUAAUUGUCAAGCGCGCGUGAAAACAAAAUCCUACCGAAAUAAAUAUAUUCAUAUAAUACAGUUCGUAUAAUAUUCUAUAAUAGCCAUACACAGCUAAUAUAGAUCAAUUGCGUACUAUUUUAUACAUUAUUAUAUGAAACUCUGAGUUUGUAUAGUACAUUUAUACUACAUUUGUGGGUAGCAAUUAUUUUUGACUUCAGUAAUUUAAUACUCUAAAGAUCCUAACUUUAAGAACAAAACCUGCCUUAAGCUUUCAGACGCACUCUGCUCUGCUUAUUGUGAUUUUGUUUAUAGAUAUUAUGUACUUUUUUAAUGUAUGUUAAUUUGUUUUAAUUUUAGCUAUUCGUAAUACAAUGGCAUGUACUCUAACUUAUCUAAUUUGAUAUAAUUCAUAAAUUUUAUUUUUCUAAUCACAAGCACAAUUAUCAAUGUUUAAACGUGAACAAUUUGUAUUUAAAAAAAAAAAUAUUUAACUAAAAUGUAAUUAAGAAAAUAUUUAGAAAACUAAGACUGUUAUUGUAUUGAAUACUUGCCUAACUUAAAUACAUUUAUAUAUGUAAUUAAUAUACUGAAAUUUGGUAUUUGAGUUAAAGAAAUUUAAAUAAAUGUAUAUUUUUUAUUUGUGUAAUAAUACAUGUACCAAAUUAUAGACAUAAAAAUAAAUCUAUUUAUACAAAGAGGAGCUUAAACUUCCAAUACAAUAUUAUUUUCAUCAUA